AUGGUGGAGACCCCAAGAAGCAAGGAGGCCCUAACGAAGCUUUGCAGCUUCCUCGCCGGCGAUAAGAGCUCUAAAAGGGAGAAUGACAUACUGGGGGAUCUAUUCUCUCCGUCCACUCAGACGCAUUUCCGAAGCGUGGACGUGGAAGUGACUUUUUUGCUGUCCCCUGUGGCUCACCGCGUUCCACUUUACUUCACAGUUCCUCAUGAGGUGCUGCCAGGGACGGUAUGCUUAGUCACUCCUCCGGCCCAGCGCAAGUACAAGGAUAAGAUAUUGCGUCUGAGCGAAGAAGGCAAUUCUGUUGCGCAACGCGUGAAGAAAGUCAUUGACACGAAAAAGCUCAGCACGAAGUUUGUUGAUCCCGUUGCAGUGAGGGCUCUUGCCAACAGCUUCGACCACUUCAUUCUUUUUGGCGUCAAGAAAUAUCCUCCUCAGCUCACGGGAGAAUUUCUCGGGCAUCAAAAGUCACCAGUGUGGGUGUCGCGUCGCGGGGGGCUGAGGGAAAAACUACUCAGUGCAGUGAAAACGGUGGUGUUUCAGCGCCGAGGGAACAGUGCCGUGACGUGCCGCAUUGGCCACACAGGCCUUUUGCUGGAACAACUACAUGAAAACCUCCACUCGUUCCUUGCGCAGAUGACUAGCCAUGCUCAAGCAGCUACUCCUCAGGAUAUCCUGCACAUUCGUGUGGCUGGAACAAAUACGGAUGGCAGGCGUGCGGGUCUUCCAAUCUUCUCCCACGCGUUUCAGAUUCCACACAAAAUGCCACUGGAUGAGAGUGAGGGGCCAAAAACAAAGAAGUUGAAGAGAAAAUAA